AUGGUACAAGCCCCGGAACGCCCGGCGGAGAGUGUGGUGAACGCGGCUCCCGCUCUGGAACCGAUCACGAUGAAAUCUUUGCUGGAGGCCGGCGUCCACUUUGGUCACCAGACUAGGCGGUGGAACCCGCGCAUGCGCCGGUAUAUUUUCACACAGCGCAACGGGAUUCACAUCAUAGACCUGCAGCAGACCAUGGGGCUGAUCACCGACGCAUACCGAGCGAUGGUGGAGCUGGCCGCGAACGGUGGCAAGGUCCUUUUCGUCGGUACCAAGAAGCAGGCGCAGGAUGUUAUCGCGUCCGAGGCCGAGCGCACCGAUCAGUGGUACGUGAACCAACGCUGGUUGGGCGGUACGCUGACCAACUUCCAGACCAUCAAGGGGCGCAUCGACCACAUGAAGCGCCUACAAGAGCAGCGGGACACGGGCUAUCUGGCGCGGUUGCCCAAGAAGGAAACGGUGCGUCUGACGCACACCCUGGACAAAUUGGAAAAAUAUUUUACCGGCCUUCGCAACAUGGACCGGCUGCCCUCUGCGCUCUUCGUCAUUGACAUCGGCAAAGAGGACAUUUGCAUCGCCGAGGCGCGCCGGCUGAACAUUCCCAUUUACGCGAUCGUUGAUACCGACUGCGAUCCGGGCCAAGUUACGCAUGCAGUGCCCGGCAAUGACGAUGCGGUGCGCUCCAUUCGACUGAUUACGGGACGGAUGGCAUCGGCAAUCGAAGAAGGCCAGGCACAGCGUGAGGCGUUGCAAAUCGCGCAAGCCGACGCGGAGACAGGCGAAGAGGGUCAGGAAGAGGACGCCAAGCCUUUCAGCAACACCGUGACGCUGGAAGAGUUGGGUCAGAUGAUGUCCUCUCGGCCGCUCGAGCCGUAA